AUGGCUGUCAAAGAUUCUGAGGUGAGGUGGAGUUUUGAGGAGCUGGGGUUUCAUUCCAGAAGACUAGCCAACGUUCUUUCAGGAGCCUGUGGUCUCAACCAGCAGGACAGGGUUUUUCUGGUACUACCCAGUGUUCCAGAGGGUGCCUCGUCAAUGUGGUCCAUCUCAAAACAGUUUUGUCCCCUCACAGGUACAGUCCUGCUACCAGGCACCUCUCAGCUGACAGCCAGGGACAUGCUCCACCGGCUGCAGACCUCCGAGGCCCACUGUGUUAUCACAGACGAGUCCCUGGCCCCCCUGCUGGAUGCCGUGGCCUCUCAGUGCUCCAGCCUGCAGCACAAACUGCUGGUGUCCCCCACGAAGAGAGAGGGAUGGAUGAACUUUGGAGAUCUGGUGAGAUAUGCUUCUAGCGACCAUGAGUGUGUAGAGACUCGCAUUUAUGACCCUAUGACCAUCUUCUUCACCAGUGGGACCACAGGGUCACCUAAGAUGACCCAACACAGCCACAGCAGCUAUGGGAUAGGUCUCACUGUCAACGGUAGGUACUGGUUUGGCCUGACGGAGAGGGAUGUCCUGUUGAACAUGUCAGAUACAGGCUGGGCCAAGUCUGCCUGGAGCAGUGUCUACGUUCCCUGGUGUGACCCUGUGCGGACAGAAGAGUGCUACAUUGGGGACUUCUACCUGACUGGAUAUAGGUUCGUCAUGGAUGAGGAUGGCUACCUGGGUUUUGUGGGUUGA